AUGGAAAGCAAAAAAGAAGAGCUCAAGAAAAAUAGUAUUAAUGUUCACCAAAGGUUAGGUACCGAUGUUCAUGUGUCGUCUGAAGACAUGGACUUAGAGAGAAGAAACACUCGGGCAUACGAGUACCUAUGCAGGCUUGAGGAGGCGAAGUCGUGGUUGGGAGAUUUUACCUCUGUACCUGAAUCAUUUGAAGAGUUUGAAGAGGAAAUGAGGAAAGGAGUGAUUCUUACUGAUAUAUGCAAAGUAUUUGCACCUAACUCUGUAAAAAAUGUUUUUGUUGAUUGUACUUUGCAAUACAGGCACACGGACAAUAUCAACUACUUUUUAAGUGGAGUAUCGCAUAUUGGACUGCCGGAAUACUUCCAUUUCGAGGUUAUCGACUUAUAUGAAAAGAAAAACUUUGUUAAGGUCAUAUACUGCAUCCAUGCUUUAGCACAUCUUUUGAGUUCAAAGGGAAUUUCCAAGAAUAUCAAGAGUGCUAAAGGGAAGAUCUUUUCCUAUGAUGAUAUGGCAAGAGCUGAUGUUCAGGUUGAGAAGAUGAACAUGCCUAAGUUUGACAACAUUGAAGAUGUGCUAAAGGAAAAGAUAGCUAUGGAGGAAGCAGCAGGUAAUGGGGAAAAUAAAGUAAGAAAAGAGAUUUUAGAUCAGGAGAAUGUAGAAGAAAAGGAAGGGAGUUUUCUAUCGGAGGACAUAAGUGUUUGUGACGAAUCUUUUGAUAUUCUCAAGCUGACUCUUCGGACCUUUUUGUACAAAAAAUGUUUUGAUGAUAUCUACUAUAGGAAGGAGGUCUCUCUGUUUUCGAUCCGAAGGUUUGCGUUUAUUUUCUUCAGUAAUUCAUCCGAGAUGGUCAAGGAAAAUCUUAUAGAAAAUCUUCAUCACAAGAUAUCACGGAAGUUUGACAGUAUCUAUGCCAAGGAAGCACAGAUAAAGGACAUUGAGACAAGAAUUAGACUAAUAGUUCAGAACAGGAUGGAAGUAGGAAACAUAACAAUCAAAAAUCCGAUUCCAGAGGAUGAAGACACCAGAGACUUUGAAAGAGUAUUACUGUUUUUGCAGAACAACCCUAAGUAUCUUUCUGAGCUUCUUAGAAACGUUAACGACCCAGAUUCUUUUAUAGUCUCCAUCAUUAUUCCUAUCUUCUCCAAUGUUUCUUCAAAGAAAGAGGAAUACAUGUUUAUAAACCUUGUGCUGGAGAUAUUCAGGAAAGAGCUUCUCGAUAAUGGACUUGAUGUAAGGAAACUCGUCCCGAUAGACAUGUCUUUAGGAAUCCAUUCUAGUACCUUUUUCUCUCUCGAGUUAUUUAGAGAAGUGGAAUUCCCAGUUCACCAUACUUUGAUGCCUGGAUCGAUUUCCCACAAGUUAAUGGUUAACUAUUUCAGGAUAUCCCAGGGGAGCUUUGUUCUUCGAGACAAGAUUCUUCAAGUUGUAAAGAACCUGGAAAACAUCGAAGUGGAUGCGAAUCCGGUUCUCAUAUACAAAAUGCUAUUCAACCAAAGUACGUCUGCGGACAAAGCAUUGGAGAAUGAGAGAGUUAGGGAAGCGGUGCAGACAAGGCUUAUGGUGGUUCGUGGAGUGAUUGCAUCGGCGCUGGAUCUUCUGGAGUCUAGUGUUGAAUCAAUUCCUUAUAUCCUUAGAUACUUCCUUAAGCUAUACGGCCCUAGGACAUUCUAUUCGGAAUUUGUAAUGCCUUUCAUUCUUGCUCCGGAUGCAUUUAUUGAAUCAUUUGAGGUUGGGAAAUCUCUUAGAAAUAAGUGCUUUAUAAUAUCCAAGAUUCUGGAACAUAUAGCAGACAGAGUAAUGUUCUUCGAGGAAUCAGACAACGGUGAAGAGGAAAAAGACGGGGACGGAAUGAGUAAGUACAUGUCCUUUAUAAGUGGGGAGAAAAAGAACUUUGAACUUAGGUUCUAUUCCCCUCUUUAUCCCUUUUUCAGAAGGUGCCACGAAAGAUAUCAAUCUAUUCUUUCCAAACUUACAAACGUCUCUGGACUUGAUCAUUACUUCCAGUUUGAGUCGAUGAAUGAGUUGGGAAAGCUCAAGCGGGCAACCGUACAUCUUCCAAGUAGUACUGCAAACCAAUUAAUAACUCUCCUCCUAAGCAACACUAGGAUACUUGGUUCGGAGUUGUGUGAGAUUCUUGAGACCCUACCUUUGUUCCCAGACGAUCAAAACAAAACACUCUCAUUCACUUUCUUUGGGCCUGAAUGGAUAUGUUCUCAGGAUCCCGAAAAGAUAGCGUUGGAGAACUUUGUAAGAGGUUUAAAGAGAAAGCUUAUAUAUGCCAUAUCGGUGUGCAAGGGAAGAAACUUGCUUGAGAUGCUUUUAAAGGAAUCCGAUGAAGAGGAGAGAUCCCGAUACUUGGAAAUGAAGAAGAGUGCUAUUUGCACCAAGGAGGAGGAUGACGGCUUGUCAAUAGCAUCUCCACCAAAGCAAUACGAAACUAUCGACCAGCUGAAAGAGUCCAUCAUUGAUGAUUUGAACUUCUUGGAAGAUAAGAAGAUCACUAGUAGACAUAACCUGUAUUCAGAACUCCUCUUUAUGCUAGCUCAAGAUAUAGUCAUUCUGAGAUUCAUGUCUGAAGAAAGAAGCAAAGAGCUCAGGAUAAAUGAGAUAAGUUACGACAAUCUAUGCUACAAAGAUGAUUACCUAUCAGGAAAGAUAGAGCUUUAUCAGAACUAUCUCAACUCUUUCGCUGCAAAAUUGGCUAUCAAGAGGAGGUCCUUGUUUGGAUUUAACGGUGUUGACGAUAUCAUUAGGGAUUCUAAAUAUGGGACUCAUAAGUACAGUGCUGAGAAGUUAAUGAACAUGGGAGUAUUGGUCCAAAUAUAUGACUCUCCCGAUAUCUCCGAGAUAUUCUUCCUAUUUCUCUCCGACACUCCUCUUCUCUUUAGCGUGGAGAUUUAUGUCCAGAAUAUUUUGGUUUCCCAUCCUGUCUCGUUCAGGUUUGAUGAUCUUCUUAAGCUAAGGAAGAAUGGAAACAACAUCUGUGACAUAGCAGGGAUAUGCUCGUUUAGCGUAUGUAGAUUUAUUGACCUCGUGAAUUCUAAGUAUAUUGGGAGCGAAGUUUAG